CGUAUGAACAUUACAGUCACACACAACAUGUUGGAAACAUGGUACCGUGUCAGUGCGUCGUUAGAGGAUGACUACAAGCUGACACUCAUGGGCGAGAUGAAUAUAAAAAAGGAUGCUACGCGCCAAUCCCCCGUGCGACUGGUCAACAAUACCGGGUGCACGUAA